AUGCUCAUAUCAUCGUAUAAUUCGGCCCUGGUCUGCCUGGCCUUCUCCUUACCGACUCUUUCUUUGGCAGGUGGUCACCCUCAUCACGCUCGCGAACGGUGCUCCUUCGGUGAUCGCUGCUGGCCCUCAUCCCAAGAAUGGCGGACAUUCAAUAAAUCUGUGUCGGGCCGUUUGAUUGCAAGUGUCCCAGCAGCAUUACCCUGUCAUGACCCGGAUUUCAACGAAGGUGACUGCCAAGCUGCCCGGACAGGGUGGGAGGACAGCUUUUGGCGGACAGGAGAGCCGGGCGCUUAUAGCGCAAUUGUCUGGGAGAUGUGGAAUGAUUUAUGUCUCAUCAACGGCACUCAGGAAGAGAGAUGUGGACAGGGCAUCGUUCCGAAGUUGUCGGUUGAUGUUCAAACGGUUGAGGAUGUGCAGAAAUCUGUCAACUUCGCCAUGGAAAAAUAUCUCUAUUUGGUGGUCAAGAACACCGGACAUUGCCAUUUAGGACGCUCAAGCGGAAAGGGGGGCUUCUCUAUCUGGACACAUAACAUGAAGGGUCGAGAUUGGCAAGACUCUUUCGUGCCGAAAGAUGCUCCGGCUGGAACGAGUGGCAUUCCUGCAGUCACCCUUCAAGCAGGAGAACAAUGGAGAGACAUAUAUAUCGAUGGCUCGGAGCGGAACCGUAUCGUGGUUGGAGGAUCUGCAAGGACAGUCGGUGCCGCUGGUGGGUAUCUUACAGGAGGCGGUCAUUCUCCAUUCGCCCACUUCUACGGUCUUGCGGUCGAUAAUCUACUGGAAGUUAGCUUGGUCACAGCCACCGGUGAAGCCAAAAUUGUCAACCAAUACACGGAUCCCGACUAUUUUUACGCGGUACGAGGCGGCGGAGGCAGUUCUUGGGGAGUGAUCACGUCCGUGACAUACAAAACUCACCCGUCCCCGUCCCACAUGCACGUGGGACUUGUCCAGUUCAACGGAACGGACGAGGCCAGUCGUCGAUUGAUUCUUGAAAAGGCCCUUGCCGCCAUUCCUAGCGUCACGGAAGGUGGCUACAUUGGAUAUGGCGUCCAAGACCAAGGCUUUCAAGGUCUCUUCUCUCAAGCAAAUGCUACUAACGAUACUUUCACGAAGGCCUUUGCGCCAUUUUUUGAGAUAACCCAGCUUCCUGGAGUUAGUGGUCAAGUGUUUGGAUUCAAAUUGCCAUCCUGGCGGGCCUACAUCGAUACUUUCCUUACGGAUCCGAACAUUGCAACAAACAAUGUCGAUACCACUAGACUCCUGACGAAGAAAGUGCUCCAAACGAAGAACAAAGAGCUGGUAGACUUAGCAUUCAGUUACGAAGGGGGCUGUGGUUUCAAUUUUAUCGGCAACGUCGCCCAGGCUGAGCGGGACAACGUGGCAACGCACGACAUCUGGAAAGAGAGCCACACUAUCUUCAGCAUCGGAAGUAACUACGAAGACGAUGCUCCAACACCGGAGAAAGUUCGCAAACGACGCCAGACCUUAGAGAUUAGCAAACGCUUGACGGAGAUCGUAGGGGAGGACGGUGGAACAUACAUCAAUGAAGCCAGCCCGUUCGAGCCGGAUUGGCAGAACGUGUUCUGGGGUGCGAAGUACAAACGCCUCUUGAAGAUCAAAAGAAAGGUCGACCCCACCAACUUGUUCGUCUGUAACCGCUGCGUGGGUUCAGAUUUACUGUUUGAGCCAUGGUCCAAACUUUGA